UCUCUUCACAGCCCUGGGCUCUAACGGCAGCAAGCAGAGACAACCUCUCACUCUGUCUUCUUUACCAGCGCCCACCCUGACCCUGGCCCGCAUUCGAUGGUGACUCGAAGGCCAGCCGGAAACAUGAGGCUGGCCCACACUCUGCUGCCCCUGCUGUUACAGGCUUGCUGGGUGGCCACACAGGACAUCCAGGGCUCUAGAGCGAUUGCUUUCCAAGACUGCCCUGUGGAUCUGUUCUUCGUGCUGGACACCUCGGAGAGUGUGGCCUUGAGGCUGAAACCUUAUGGGGCCCUGGUGGACAAGGUGAAAUCCUUCACCAAGCGUUUCAUCGACAACCUGAGAGACAGGUACUACCGAUGUGACCGCAACCUGGUUUGGAACGCGGGCGCGCUGCACUACAGUGACGAGGUGGAGAUCAUCAGAGGGCUCAUGCGCAUGCCCAGUGGCCGCGACGAGCUCAAAGCCAGCAUAGAUGCGGUCAAGUACUUCGGGAAAGGCACCUACACCGACUGUGCCAUUAAGAAGGGGCUGGAGGAGCUGCUCAUAGGGGGCUCCCACCUGAAAGAGAACAAGUACUUGAUCGUGGUGACUGACGGGCAUCCCCUCGAGGGCUACAAGGAACCAUGUGGGGGUCUGGAAGAUGCAGUGAACGAGGCCAAACACUUGGGCAUCAAGGUCUUUUCUGUGGCCAUCACACCUGAUCACCUGGAGCCACGUCUAAGCAUCAUUGCCACAGACCACACGUACCGGCGCAAUUUCACGGCUGCUGACUGGGGGCAUAGCCGCGAUGCCGAAGAGACCAUCAGCCAGACCAUUGACACCAUCGUGGACAUGAUUAAAAAUAAUGUGGAGCAAGUGUGUUGUACUUUUGAGUGCCAGGCCGCCAGAGGACCUCCAGGGCCCCGGGGCGACCCUGGGUAUGAGGGGGAACGAGGAAAGCCAGGUCUUCCCGGAGAGAAGGGAGAAGCUGGAGACCCUGGACGACCUGGGGAUCUUGGACCAGUCGGGUACCAGGGUAUGAAGGGAGAAAAGGGAAGCCGUGGAGAGAAGGGUUCCAGAGGCCCGAAAGGCUACAAGGGCGAGAAAGGCAAGCGCGGCAUCGAUGGGGUGGACGGCAUGAAGGGGGAGACGGGAUACCCAGGACUACCAGGCUGCAAGGGUUCGCCAGGAUUUGAUGGCAUUCAAGGACCUCCGGGUCCUAAGGGCGAUGCUGGUGCCUUCGGGCUGAAAGGAGAAAAGGGUGAAGCUGGAGCAGAAGGUGAGGCUGGGAGACCUGGGAACUCAGGGCCACCCGGAGAUGAGGGUGAACCGGGAGAACCUGGUCCCCCCGGAGAAAAAGGAGAGGCCGGUGAUGAGGGAAAUGCUGGCCCAGAUGGUGCCCCUGGAGAGAGGGGCGGCCCUGGUGAAAGAGGACCUCGGGGGACCCCUGGUGUGAGGGGCCCAAGGGGAGACCCGGGUGAAGCUGGACCACAAGGUGACCAAGGAAGAGAGGGGCCUGUUGGCAUCCCCGGAGAUCCGGGUGAGAGUGGCCCCAUCGGACCUAAAGGAUACCGAGGUGAUGAGGGUCCUCCAGGCCCUGAGGGUCUCAGAGGAGCCCCAGGACCUGUUGGACCCCCCGGGGACCCAGGCCUGAUGGGUGAAAGGGGUGAAGAUGGACCACCAGGAAAUGGCACGGAAGGCUUCCCCGGCUUCCCUGGGUACCCAGGCAACAGAGGCCCUCCUGGGGUAAACGGCACGAAGGGCUACCCUGGCCUCAAGGGGGAUGAGGGUGAAGCCGGAGACCCAGGAGAGGAUAACAAUGACGUUUCACCCCGUGGAGUCAAAGGGGCAAAGGGAUACCGGGGCCCCGAGGGACCCCAGGGGCCUCCAGGACACGUGGGACCACCUGGGCCAGAUGAGUGUGAGAUUCUGGAUAUCAUCAUGAAAAUGUGCUCCUGCUGUGAGUGCACGUGUGGUCCCAUCGAUAUUCUCUUCGUGCUGGAUAGCUCGGAGAGCAUUGGCCUACAGAACUUCGAGAUUGCCAAGGACUUCAUCAUCAAAGUCAUUGACCGGCUGAGCAAGGACGAGCUAGUCAAAUUUGAGCCAGGGCAGUCCCACGCAGGCGUGGUGCAGUACAGCCACAACCAGAUGCAAGAACACGUGGACAUGCGGAGCCCCAACGUCCGCAACGCCCAGGACUUCAAAGAAGCCGUCAAGAAGCUGCAGUGGAUGGCUGGCGGCACAUUCACCGGAGAAGCGCUGCAGUACACCCGGGACCGGCUCCUCCCACCCACGCAGAACAACCGAAUUGCUCUGGUCAUCACAGACGGACGCUCUGACACUCAGCGGGACACUACACCCCUCAGUGUGCUCUGCGGCUCAGACAUUCAGGUAGUUUCUGUGGGCAUCAAGGAUGUGUUUGGCUUUGUCGCGGGCUCCGACCAGCUCAACGUCAUUUCCUGCCAAGGCUUAUCACAAAGCCGGCCGGGUAUCUCCCUGGUGAAGGAGAACUAUGCAGAACUUCUAGAUGACGGCUUUCUGAAGAACAUAACAGCCCAGAUCUGUAUAGAUAAGAAGUGUCCAGAUUAUACCUGUCCAAUCACAUUCUCCUCCCCGACCGACAUCACCAUUCUGCUAGACAGCUCGGCCAGUGUCGGCAGCCACAACUUCGAAACCACCAAGGUCUUCGCCAAGCGCCUAGCCGAGCGGUUCCUGUCAGCAGGCAGGGAAGAUCCCACCCAGGUCGUGCGGGUGGCCGUGGUACAGUAUAGUGGCCAAGGCCAGCAACAGCCAGGUCGAGCGUCUCUUCAGUUCCAGCAGAACUACACGGUACUGGCCAGCUCUGUGGACAGCAUGGAUUUCAUCAACGACGCCACCGAUGUCAACGACGCUCUGAGCUAUGUAACUCGUUUCUACCGGGAAAACUCCCCAGGUGCUACCAAGAAGAGAGUGCUGUUGUUCUCAGAUGGUAACUCACAGGGGGCCACAGCAGAGGCCAUUGAGAAGGCUGUGCAGGAGGCCCAGCGUGGGGGCAUUGAGAUCUUUGUGGUGGUGGUGGGACCCCAGGUGAAUGAACCCCACAUCCGUGUGCUCGUCACCGGUAAGACCGCCGAGUACGACGUGGCCUUCGGCGAGCGCCACCUAUUCCGUGUACCGAACUACCAGGCCCUACUACGUGGUGUCCUCUACCAGACAGUCUCCAGGAAGGUGGCCCUGGGCUAGAGGGCCGCACACGUGGCUGUGCGCAUGCGUGGAGACACACUUCAACAGCCCUUCUUGCCCUUCCCACUCACCAAACAGGAAUAGGAAAUGUGACCCAAAUGUUCCUGACCCGUUGGUCAACUCGACUAUCUUAAAGGGAAAGCUGAGGUGCACACUCUUUGCUUUGUGUAAUGUCCUCCUUGGCUCACCCGAGUUCCUAUCUAGAUCCCCGCCCUUGGUUUGUCCGUUGGCGGCGGCCAUCUUGCUGAACCCCCUCCCCAAUCUGGGCUGGGUCCGGCCAUCUCUCCUCCUCCUCCUCACCGCCUCUAACCUGUCCCUGGUGUCUUCACACCAUCCCUGCAGUUUCUGUCUGUGUUCCGUCUGCCAUGCUCAAAGCGAAGCAGACCUUCCCGUGGGCUCAGCUUGCUGGAUGAUGGCUUUUAGAAAACCGAAAGCAAGAAGAUUUUCAAACACAGACUUGGAGGAGACCCCUCUUCUUCAUCAGGUGCUUGUCAGUGACCGACGCGGAUCUCGGUCCUGGUCUUUAGUGGUUCAGUGUGAGCAGCGGGAAAUGCUGGCCCCUGCCUCUAGUCCUUAAAAGCAAAGGUGCUAUCCCUCUGUAAGGGCUCUCGCUGCACACAGAGAGGACGGUUCACACUCACGUGUUCUGUCAGAACCAAUCCAGAGCUUUUUCCCUCAAAAUAGUGAUCAUCCCCCCUUUUUUUUUUCAAUGACUCCUCCUUGGUUAGUUUUUCCAUAGCUCCCUCACACUCCCCUUAAUGUGGUCCAAGCCAGCUAUCUCUGCUAAUAAAGGUUUUUCCAUUUUUCUCC